GACACACGAUGUGAAGAUCUCUUUCUUUCACAGACACACACACCCACACGCACGCGCACACACACACGCGCACGCACAGACACCCACACGCACACACACAAACACUCGAUGUCAAAAACCAAGGAGUCAAAUGCGAUGUUUCACAGUUCUGUGUGACAGUGGAAUUUUUGCUUUAUUUCCUCUACAACUCUUUUUCUGUGCUUUGGAAAUCACAGAUUUUUUUGUGCAUUUUGUUACCUGCCUUUUUUUUUUGUGAUUGUUUUUAAAUUAUCAAGACCUGGCUGAUCCAAUUUUUGCUUGGCCAAAAAGAAUGUCAAACCCCCAAAACUCUGCCAGUGGCUUUGAAGCCAUAUUUUCUACUCUACAGGUAUGAUCACAGUUUGCCUUCUUCGGAGACAUUUGACAGCUUAUUUGACAUGCCAGCAGCCAUAUUUGACAGUUGACAUGCGCGCAAAGGCCAGUGACAUCAAAAUUACACAAUAUCUGAACAAAAAUGCAGGGGAUGCAGAGAGCACUUUGAAUGUUCUCAAUGUCCUGGAAGAACUUCUGUCAUCAGGUACCGAUCGUCGUAUUCACUAUAUGAUCAGUCAAGGUGGAAGCGAGUCCUUGCUGAAUGCACUCGUCAAAAAUGGCAGCAGGUUCAUUCCCAACUACACCAUUCUGUUGCCCAUACUAUAUCUGGUCGCCAAAGUUGGACACAAAGACUGUGGUAUAGGAAAGAAGGCUGAAGAGGCUGGAGCUAUUCUUCUGAUUCUAAACCUUCUCAAAAACAACAUUCAACAUGCCAGGAGGGCUGAAGCAUGUCUCCUAGUCAUCCAAGUUUUUGCUACAUCAGUUUCCACUGCAAAAUUAAUUGCAUCGAACCAAGGCCUGGAUAUCAUCUACAACCUUAUCCCGAAUUACACCACAAAGAAUCUGCAAACAAUUAAGGCAUCCAUUAAUGCAUUUGCUGCACUGCUUUCCUCAGUAGAUAACAUCUCCUCAGCAGUGUCCAAGGGUUAUGUUUCAGGCCUCCUACUGCUGUAUGAGGAGUGGCACAGCAAGGACACUAAACAUUCUGCAAUUGACAUCCUCCAGGCACUGCUAAAUUGCUUUCAUAAAAUAGUACGCAGUGCUGUAGGAAGAGACACUUUUGUGUCCCAAGGAGGCAUCCGACUUCUUUAUCAUACUACUCAGACAUGCUCAUUGAAUAUAUGUCAGGGGUUACUGGUAGAGUCAUCGGUUCAGCUGAUGAGGUGGUGCCUGCCGAAGACUCCUCUACCAUUGAGAUCAGAUCAGUCAGUGUACUGCUUCCCCCUGCCUAGAAGACAUCAUCUUCUUGAUGUGGUUGCAUCAGAUGACACCAGUGGUGAGAUUGCCGGUGAUAAGAUGGAGAAAGAUUACCAGGAGGCUCAGAGUAAAGACUAUGACGAUGACUUGGAGACUGACCUGAAGAAACUUUGUCUUCGUCCUCCGUUAGACAGACCCAAAGACCUACUGCCGCAGUACAGCCGUCUUUGUCCUGAACUCUCACAUGACUUCCUGGAGCAGCUGGAAUUGAGUUCACAAGGGAGAUCACCCUCAUCAUCUUCAUCUGAUGACGAAACUGAGAAGUGCAACAAUUUAUCUCUUCAUUCCUUCAGGAGGGGGGAAAAAAGUGCAGUUUUCUCCAAGACAGAAAAUGGCACAUCAGGUCAAACCAAAUCAGCUGCUAGCCUAUUUAAGGCAAAAGAUUUCUACAGUCAUACUGGUAUCCUUAACUCCAGCGCUGAAGUUGGAACCAAGGCUCGAGAGACAAGGAAAGAAGCCAAGUCAGGUCUGACAAAUGAUCAGCAGAACAAUAAAAGCGAGGGAAAUGGAAAAUCUUAUAACUCUACCAUGAUAGACAGUUUAAUUGAUAUUCAUGGGGUUGACAUCCCUUACCAUGAACCCAGGACAUAUCAUGCUGCAGCCACCAAAACAAAAUCUGUUCCAGGAUUCACCACCCUUGCUUUCCCUGAUUUUUGGGGUCAGGUCCCAUCACCAGAAAAUGAACCCAUGGCUCCACGCAAGCUCAACAUACAGAGGCAAAAAGUGCUUGAAGAUAUCCAACGUUUCUUGAAAACUGAUACCAUCAAUAAAGUGGUCUUUGACCUGGAAGAUGACAGUUUACAGUUUCCUCCUGACAAGCCAGACUCUUUGAGAUUCUUUUCCAGUUUUGAAUGUGGUAACCUGAGAAAGGCUAUUCAGGUACGCAGAUACGAAUAUGACCUAAUACUGAACGCGGAUGCCAACUGUUCUCAGCACACUCAGUGGUUUUAUUUUGAAGUGAGUAACAUGGUGCCUGAUGUUCCCUACCGUUUCAAUAUCAUCAACUGUGAGAAGAGCAACAGCCAAUUCAACUAUGGAAUGCAACCAGUGCUUUAUUCAGUUCAAGAUGCAUUAAAUGGUAAACCGCAGUGGCUCCGGACUGGGACAGAAAUUUGUUAUUUCAGAAACUACUUCUGUCCAGUUCGUGGCAGUCAGAAGACUACAUUUUAUACACUGACAUUUACCAUCACCUUCAAAUACAAAGAGGAUGUCUGUUACCUGGCCUACCAUUACCCUUAUACUUACUCUGCUCUCAGGGCUCAUCUGAAUUUGCUGCAUAGAUCAGUUGCUUCUUCUAAGGUGUUUUUCCGACAGCAGAUUAUUUGUCCUACUCUAUCUGGAAACUCCUGCCCAGUUGUUACGAUCACUGCAUGUCCUCCCAGCAAGUGUGAUAAAGAUCUUCAUCAACUGGGUAAACGCCCCUGCAUUGUGCUGACGAGUCGUGUCCAUCCUGGUGAAUCCAAUGCCAGCUGGGUAAUGAAAGGCACCCUAGAGUUUCUUUGCAGUAAUGAUCCAAUAGCCCAGGCACUGAGAGAGACAUUUGUCUUCAAGAUCAUCCCCAUGUUAAAUCCUGAUGGGGUCAUCAAUGGAAUGAAUCGCUGUGAUCUGAGCAGAGAGGAUUUGAAUCGGCAAUGGUGUAAACCAGACCCUAUUCUCUGUCCAACCAUUUACCAUACCAAGGGCUUCCUGUACUAUCUCAACAGUAUUGGACGGGCUCCGCUGGUCUUCUGUGACUAUCAUGGCCACUCUCGAAAAAAGAAUGUUUUUUUGUAUGGCUGCAGUGUAAAGGAAACUUUAUGGCAAUCAGGUUCUACUGUUGAAAAUGCAGGACUGAAAGAGGACCCUGGAUAUAGGACUAUUGCAAAGGCCUUGGAUCGUAUUGCACCAGCAUUUUCUUUCAACAGCUGCAACUAUAUGGUGGAGAAGUCCCGUUCUGCCACUGCCAGAAUUGUUGUCUGGAAAGAAUUGGGCGUGCUGAGAAGUUAUACCAUGGAAAGCACUUACAAUGGUUUUGACCAGGGAAUAUACAAGGGUCUACAGAUAAACACCCGGGAGCUGGAAGAAAUGGGAAUGAAAUUUUGCCACAGUUUGCUCUCCCUGACUAUAGAUACAAAGGCACUUUAUGGCAAGAGUCUCAUCAACCACAUGAAUCUGGGACAAAACAUCCUCGAUCACAAGUCACACAACUCUUUUGAAGAUGAUGAGCCUCCAUGUGUUGAAGAAAUUGAAUAUUCAACUGAGUCUCCUGGUCUGAAAGGCGAUGAUUUAGAAUUGGAUAUAAACAGAUGCAUGGCUAACAUUGAUGCAGAAGGUAGCACUAAAAGACAAAUGUCCGGGGAAAUAGGAGGAUAUUAUCAAACAUUCACAACAGUCAAGUCACCUACUCCCUCACCUGAUAACGCAGGUGUCCAUUGAAAUUCUAUCUGAAUGAUGAAACAAGUGGGCUCAUGUGACUCUCACCAACGGGACUAUAUCCGAGCUGAGCUGCAUUUUUAGAGAGGUAUCAAUUGUAGCUUGUUUUUCAAUUGACUUUGCUAAUUUUUUUCAAUUGACUAUUAUAUGAUGUGACCCAGGUGUUUAAAGACAACCGGGAUACUGUGAUCGUGUCUCCGCUAUUCGACUCAGUUGUGGUCCAUGAUCUUUGCCUCCCCAAUUAUUUCAUUAAUUUGGGUCUGUUACAUUGUCAUAGUCAUUGCUAUUUUACUUGAGAUUUCUAAAGAUGUUUUCUCUUGCAGUAACACCAGAUGUUUCUAUUGAUGCAAGGAUGUGAUUUUUGUAAGAAUUUUUGUUUGUUUUUGAAAUUUCCCAAGAUAUAUUUCAAACAAAAAAAUGGAGGAAUCUUGACAUAAUCAUUAUUGCAAUAAAUCAUCUGUGAAGGUUUUUUAAAUUAACAAUUAAUAGUAUGGCAGAUUAUAAUCCCUUCUGC